AUGCCACCAAAAGUGACACCCAAAUCUAAUACCAUGAAAUACAGGCAGAACAAUUAAAAACUCAAAGGAUAAGGACGAAACAUAGACUAUAAAAAGUUUCCUCAACAUACAAAUAAAUCCAGAUUAAUUUCUAAUGGAGAUAUUAGAAGACUGGCCAGAAGAGGGGGAGUCAAAAGAAUUAGUUCAGAUGUCUAUGAACUCUCUAAAUUGUAUAUGAAAUUGUACAUCUCUAACAUUCUUCGUGAUUCGAUGAUCUAUGCUAAUUAUUCUGGAAGGGCUACAAUUUUGGCAGAUGAUAUUUGCAGAGCUGCCAAAAGAGCUGGACAAACAGCUAUCGGAUUUACUCAUUGA